UCUUGCUUUGCUGUAGCUGAUUGUAUCAGAGGAAGAGACUGGUUCUGCUACAUUUGUUGCUGAGGUGAAGGGGUCCCAUCUAGAUACAGUAGCCUUAGAUAAAAAGGAAAGCGUCUCUGAAGAUACAGAAGUUUUCCUUAAGCCACAAGUAGAAGAGAUUAUUGCUACUGAAGAGACACCUGAUCCAAAUGAAAAUCUAACAGUUGAAGUUAGAGAUGAUCCAAAAGACAGCUGGGAAGCUGAAGCAAUUGCAGGACAUCCCCAGUAGCAAGACAAGACUGCAUGAAAUGCCAGACAAAUUCUUGAGAUUCAUGAAGAGCAAUAGGUGCAGUAAAGUGAAAAUAUGCUAUACAUGAGCCUUAAAGUAUGAAUUACGUGGGACAGCUUGCAGGUCUUCUGGUGACUGUGAAGGAACUGUACAAGGGCAUUAACCAGGCUACACUUUCAGGAUGCAUUGAUGUAAUUGUAGUUCGCCAAAAAGAUGGAACAUACCUGUGUUCACCAUUCCAUGUCCGAUUUGGAAAGCUUGGUGUCUUGCAUUCCAAGGAAAAAGUUAUUGAUAUUGAAAUUAAUGGGGAAGCUGUUGAUCUUCAUAUGAAAUUGGGUGAUAAUGGAGAAGCUUUCUUUGUGCAGGAAACAGAAGAAACAUUUGAAAAAGUUCCUGCACAUCUGGCAACAUCCCCAUUACCCACAGAAGAGCAGUUCUUCAAAGAUACUGAUAAUUUGCUGAAGUCAGGUGAAAAUGAAAAAAUGUGUCCAAGUUCAGAAAUUCCACAAAUUGUGGAAACAGAGCCUGUUUUUUCUUCUGGGUCAGUGAAGAAGAAAAAACGGAGGAAAAGAAAAUGUAAACAAGAAUCUAAAAAGGAAGAUCAGAUUUCUUUUCCGGGAACUGAAGAAGUCUUUGACAUAGAAAUGAGUUCAGAUGAUGAGAGAAGUAUUCAGCCCCUGAGAAGCCCAUCAGAUUCUCCACCAAAGGAUGAAGAUUUUAAGGAAGCACUGAUUUACCAUUCAAAAGACCAUUACCCAUUAUCAGAUGGGGAUUGGUCUCCUUUGGAGAAUCCAUUUAGCCAGCCAACCUGUCCUAAAAGUGAUUCAGAACUGGAAGUUAAGCCUUCAGAGAGCUUACUUAGAGCAGAGUCUCAUAUGGAAUGGACAUGGGGAGGCUUUCCGGAAUCCACCAAGGGGUGGGAGGAGCUUCCUUUGAUAGCCAGCAUACCAGUUGGAGAAAGGGUGCUCACAUAUGGACCAAUGCAGCAAGGAGUCCUGCUGCCAGGUUUCCUGAGAUACCUGCUGGAUCUGGUUGAAAGCCUGAAAAUGAAGGGGAACAAUGAGAUAAGCAAGAAAGAAAAACUGGAGCAUCCUAGAACAGCUACCAUUACUCCAUCAGAGAAGACUCACUUUAGAGUAAUAUCCAGUACUGAUAACACUAAAGAUAUUUUGGUGAAUGAAUCUGUCUGUACAGUUUUGAAACCUCAACCAAGAACUCAUCCUCUAUUUAAAGAACUUGAUAUUAAAGACAGACUUACUUCUGCAGCAACGGAACCUAUCUUGGAAAUUCUUCAAAAUUCAUCUACUUUUGAUUCUGAUACUGUCCCCAGUCUGAUGGAUUCUCCAUCAGAAACUAAACCACCAACAAAACUUGACUCUCCAUCAAAGAAAAAAGGGAUACAUAAGAGAAGCCAGCACCAAGGGCCGGAUGACAUAUAUUUGGAUGAUUUGAAUGCUUUGGAACCUGAAGUUGCUGCUCUUUAUUUUCCUAAAAGUGACUCUGAUCCAGGAACCAGACAGUGGGUAGAGUCAGAGACCCUCUCUGGUUCUCAGUCUCCACAAUCAGUGGGAAGUGCUGCUGCGGACAGUGGUACUGAGUGUAUGUCUGAUUCUGCAAUGGAUUUGCCUGAUGUCACAUUAUCUCUUUGUGGAGGUCUUAGUGAAAAUGGAGAAAUAUCUAAAGAAAAAUUUAUGGAGCAUAUCAUUACUUACCAUGAAUUUGCUGAAAACCCAGGACUGAUAGAUAAUCCUAACCUGGUAAUAAGGAUAUACAACAGGUAUUAUAAUUGGGCAUUGGCUGCUCCCAUGAUCCUCAGCUUGCAGGUAUUCCAGAAGAGCUUGCCGCAGGCUACAGUUGAAUCCUGGAUUAAAGACAAGAUGCCAAAAAAGUCUGGAAGGUGGUGGUUCUGGCGUAAGAAGGACAGCAUGAUUAAGCAGCUUCCUGAAGCAAAGGAAGGGAAGUCAGAGGCUCCAAAACAGGUCCUGUCAACUUCUACAAAAAAUCAAGCUGAAAGCCGGCCUACAGAUGAUGAUUCUUCUAGUGAUGAGGAAGGAUCUCAGGAACUGAAAGAAUCCUUAAAAAUAGAUUCUGCUUCUUUUGAACACCCAAGCCAUGGUGCUACUUCAUAUAAAAAGUCACUUAGGUUGUCUUCAGAUCAAAUUGAAAAGUUAAAGCUUAGAGAUGGCCCAAAUGAUGUUAUCUUCAGCAUUACAACGCAGUAUCAAGGAACUUGCCGUUGUGCAGGGACAAUAUAUCUCUGGAACUGGUAUAACAAAAUAAUAAUUUCAGAUAUCGAUGGGACAAUAACCAAAUCUGAUGCUUUAGGACAGAUUUUACCACAGCUUGGCAAAGACUGGACACAUCAGGGUAUUGCAAAGCUCUACCAUUCUAUUAAUGAGAAUGGCUACAAGUUUCUUUAUUGUUCUGCUCGUGCCAUUGGAAUGGCAGAUAUGACAAGAGGGUACUUACACUGGGUCAAUGACAAGGGAACGAUCCUGCCCAGGGGUCCACUGAUGUUGUCUCCCAGCAGUUUGUUCUCUGCUUUCCAUAGGGAAGUAAUAGAAAAAAAACCAGAGAAAUUCAAAAUUGAGUGUUUAAAUGAUAUCAAGAACUUAUUCGCACCAUGUGAACAGCCUUUCUAUGCUGCUUUUGGGAACAGACCUAAUGAUGUAUAUGCAUACAUGCAAGUUGGAGUUCCUGAUUGUAGAAUAUUCACAGUCAACCCAAAGGGUGAACUAAUUCAAGAACAGACAAAAGGAAACAAAUCUUCAUAUUACAGACUGAGUGAACUUGUGGAACAUGUGUUUCCACUUCUUAAUAAAGAACAGAGCUCUGCUUUUGCAUGCCCAGAAUUCAGCUCCUUCUGCUAUUGGAGAGAACCGCUUCCUGAUGUGAACAUAGAAGACUUAGCUUGAGGUUGAACAGCAUUGUUCAUGCAGAACCUCUUUCCAGCCUAUCUUAUCUUUUGGUACCAUGUGUCUUAUUAAAUAGAAGAAUCGCCAUGGGUUUGGCACAAGCCAAUAAAAUACAAGGCUGAUCUGCAUUUCUUUAGACAUCCUUACUUUUAUUUAAGUGAUUUGAAAGAUAACUAUCAUUUGAAAUAGCAGACAAUCAAGAGGAUAGAGGACAAAAAGGAUAGAAAUAUAGCCAAAGUGUUGCAUCUUUUUAUAUACCACAGUGGGUACUUGUGACAUUUUGUAUAGUAACCUUAUCUUAAAGGAAGCUGAAAAAGUAUGUGGAACUGAUAGUAGAGACUAUAUUAGGGCCAUUAGAGGAACUAUAUCUAGUACUCAAAUCAGAAGUUAGGCUGUUUCAGGUACAACAGCUAAGAUGACUAUAAUUCAGGUUUAUUUAAUAUGACUUAGCAGGUUGCUAGAGUGUAGUGGGGACUUUCAGCUUUUUGGUGGCUAGAAGUGGUACAGUAUUUUAAUUAGCACCAGCUCAUGGUUCCUUUGAAUCUUGCAAUUUUUAAAAAACUCUUGGGCUGUUUGAGUGCAUCUGAUCAGUUUCAGCAUUUUUAACUUCUUAAGCUGUGAGACUGGAAAUCUGUACAAUAUUUAGAACAUUGUUGCCCCAACAGUUGCACAGAAUACACUGUGUAGAUCAGUAGAAAAUACAGAAAACAUUCAGGGAUAAUUUUGUUUUAUAACUAAAAGAUAAUUUAUAUAAUCAGGCUUCAAAAAUGGAAUAACUUUGAUGCCUUUCCAGAACUCUGUAUCAGGGUUUUCAGUUUGACAAAAGUGGCACAGGAAAGUAGGAUCCAGUGAGAAGUACUGUGUGUCAUCUAUAAAUAUCAGUUUUGAUAGUCUGAUCAGACAUUUUAUAUGUUAGCUACACAAUGGAUCCAAAAGCAACUGACAUCCAGAUUUAAGCAGCUCAUUGACUUACUGCUGUUUUCCUUCUACACCAAGUUGAAAUAAUGUAUGUAAACAAAACAGCAGAUUUGUUUAAGUGUUAACCCUAACUCCAUUCCAGCUGCUGUGGCAUGCCACAAACCGCCUCUGUCUGGAAGAGUUAAUAUUGGUCAAUCCUCAUGGAACUUGGAAGUUUCUCCAUUGUUGAGAGCUGAGUCAGAGACAGAAUGAUGGCUAGUAUUUUUCCUGGUCAUAAGAAUUUAUCAAAAUAGUAUAUGGCUACCAGGUGUAAACUACCAAGCUGUAUCUUCAGGUUGACUACUGGUUUUGGUUUUAUGUUGAGUCAGUUAUAGUAGUGUCUAAGGACUAGAAGUAGCUUUCUCAGUGAAAGGGUCACUUGGGUAAUUCACAUCUAUUGCAGGGUCAGAACUAGGGGCUUGGCUUGAUCAUUAGUGAAUUGUACCUGAGAUUAAUUAGAAAUAUCAAGGGCCCAAGUAGUAGGUAUAUUCUGAGAAUAUACUUACUAUAAUGAUCGGUAUAUUUGAUCCAACUAAACAGUGAUAGGCCAGUACUGUUAGAGAUGUUUGAAACUACUUUCCAGUUAAACAUUAAAAAUGCCAUCCUGUGCAUGUUUGGACAGAAAAAAAAACUGCCAAGAACUCCCAGGGUACCACAGCCUGUCGGGGAAAUGUUAGGUGUUCUAGGAGUUUUAUCUUUUAAAACAUGCAUUGGUUUCCACCUUAGUUUAAUGAUGUAAUGGUGUACUUAUAUUUCCUAGCACAAGGAAAUAGAAAUUCUAUAGCUCUGGUAAAUAAAGCCUGCUGUACAGAUGAAACUCACUUCAGGAUAUGAAAACUGUUCAUUUCCUUUUUACUGUACAUUCCGUAAUGCAUUCCAAAAACUUCACAAUUUUCAAACUUCAAAGAUCUUAUAUAUUUUUGUUUGAAUAAAAUACUGUGGAUUCUCUUCCUCUACAUUCUGAGGUACAAUAAAAAAUUCAAUCUUAUGCAUGUUCAGAAAUUUCCAUGAUUUCCAGAAUGUCUGACUGGGAAUUCUGGUUUCUGUUGAGCUUUUUUUGGUCUAAACAUGUAGAGGAUUGUUUCCUACAUUGUUUAUUCCACACUUGUGUUAAAGGUUACAUUUAUGGAGAUAGGUCAUUUUGCUUACAAAAACUAAAACACAGUAAUGUGAACUGAAAUGAAUAUUCUGUGACAAUGCAGUUAGAGCAAACAUUAAGAGUUGGCAAAAAGCUUCUGGAAGAUUCUGUUUUAUAAGUACAGGCAGGCAAAAUUCUUCUGUUGUACUUUUGAUAUUGAAGACUGCUUUUGGGUCAUCUUGACCCAAACAUUUCUUUCAUCUGGAAUACACAAUGCACUUUUUAAAAAUGGUAUGCUGUUAAGUACGUUAGUCUUACUUUGAUAGCACUGUGCAGACCAUUGCAUUCUCAGUCUGGAUUUUACCUCAUUGACUUCAGGCAGGCCAGUGGCAGACAACACCCCAAUCUCUAAUAGGCAAGAUGCCUGCUAGAGCUUGUGUUUGUUUUGUUUCCUUGUUGUAGUAGAAAUGGGUGGUUUGGAACUGGUUUUAAGAAACAGAUCUUGUUCUACAUCUAUUUCAGAUUAGCACAAGCUAACCAAUUCUUUCCAUGAAAGAGAUGGACAUUUGUGUUUAUGAACAAGCAAUCUUUUAAAGGCUGUUUUUGAAAAUGCACUUCCAUUUACUUUGGAACUGAACAGCUUCUGCUGCACCAUUUAUUUACUUAGAAUUUGUCAAAUAAAGUUAACAUGAUUAAGAGGCUGGGAAAUCAUAGCUUAUAUAAAAAAAUGGGUGGCAAACUCUGUUAAGCAAGAAAACAAUAGUUUCAUAUUGCAGUAUUAGUUUUGGGAUCGUUCUUGAUGUUCAGACUAGUAUUUUAAGGAGAGGACCUGUGUUCAUGUGUGUGCACAUGCGUGCAUGCACACAUAUUUGUAAUGUGAAAGUAUUAACAAUACAGAAAAUGUUAUUCUGUUGCUAGUUCAGUACUGGAAAAUUUUAACACUUCACCAAAUAACAUGACUAAGAAUUGGAAAAAAUCUACAUGGUUUCAUUUUGUGCUAGUACGACUAUGUGAUAUAAGUUGAUGAUUGGAGUGCAUAACAUAACUAAUAACAUCCUUAAAGCAACUAAUAUAUCAAGUAAGAUAUAUACAUAUUAGAACAGAUGCCACUGAAGCUAGUCUGUCACCUAAAAAGUUGCUUCUUCUGAUCCGCAAAACUUUGAAUGCGUUUUUAGAGAAAGAAAUCUGCAUUGUGGUUAGGUUAGAACUCUUCAGUACAUUCUAUUUAAUUGUGUUACGAACAAUUUUUGCUUUGAUACAGCGUUGCUCACUUAUUAAUCAGUGAAAAUUCCAAUACAUUGUUUUUGGUAAAGAUUGACUGUUAGAAAAAUAAGUCACUUUGUUGUGCUUAAUAAAAUUGACAAUAAAAACUUA